GUGAUGCUCCUAGCAAUACAACCAGACCUCUAUCAUAACUUCAAGUUUUGGCUAGCUAAGGGCCAACCGCCUUUCCUAGUUAUUCUCACCUUUCAUGGUCAAGGAUUGAUUCCUCCCCUGGACUCCAUUUUUCUCAACUCUUCUGUUCAAUCUCGGAUUGAAUUUAUUUGCAACAUUUGGUUCACUUUUGAAAUAAUUGGCAGAUUCCUCUGUUGCCCCAACCGAAUUCACUUUAUCAAAUCUCCAUUAAAUAUAAUUGAUCUUAUUGCUACACUUAGUUUUUAUACGGAUGCAGUAUUAGUCCGUCUUUUGGAUGAUAAAGCACCCAAAGAUUUGGUUGAAUUUCUCUCAAUGAUACGCAUUUUGAGGCUGUUUAAACUCACUCAACACCAUCGGGGUCUUCAAAUAUUAAUUCACACAUUCCGUGCAUCUGCCAAAGAAUUGAUGCUUUUGGUUUUCUUUCUGAUUUUGGGUGUUGUUAUUUUUGCUACACUAAUUUAUUAUGCCGAAAAAACUGAAAUUAAUCCUAAUAAUCAGUUUACGUCUAUUCCUGUUGGUUUAUGGUUUUCUUUGAUUACUAUGACCACUGUUGGAUAUGGAGAUAUGACCCCACAGACAUAUCUCGGUCGUCUAGUAGGCUCAUUAUGUGCAGUAAUGGGUGUUUUAUCUAUUGCUUUACCCGUACCCGUUAUUGUUUCAAACUUUGCCAUGUUUUACUCACACUCACAGGCUCGUGAAAAGCUCCCAAGGAAAAGAAGACGAGUACUGCCUGUUGAACAAGUCCGCCUACAAUUUCGAAGGCACGCUCAAAGCUCUUUUAUUGAACCUCAUAUAUUAAGCAGAACAGCCUCACAAAGGAGGAAUGCCAUUGCAAAUGCGAUAAUUAAUAAUUCAGAGCGUAGCACCGAGAUGGUCCUAGACGCCCGUCUCAGUCUCCUACAAAAUGCCGCCCCUCUACCAGACCGUCAACCUGCAGCAAAGAUUUCAAAUAGCUCCCCUUUAGGGAUUUUGCUCAACAACAUUCGAGCUAGCGCUUCUCAUUGUGGAUCUCCCUCCUCAAAAGCUAAACCAUGCCGGUCACCUCGAAGUCCUUCUAGCCCUGUGAAUGGUGGAGGUCCUACUCCAAACACUCCAACUACAAACAAAUAUAAGAAAAGAAACUCUCUAGGCAUUGAUCAACAAGGAUUUGGUGGAACAGUUACCUCACAACAACACAGGUUGUUAAAAGAAAAGACCAGACCAUCCAGAUAUAGCAACAACCACACAAAUUCCCCUUCAAAAGACACCUCUCAAAAAUUAAUCAAACACCAACACUUGGAUAUAUCUUCAACUUUAGAAGAAGAAUUAUUAAAUAACAGUAAUUCCACAACACCCAGACGUCGAAAACUUGGAGAAAAAAUUUCAAACGAGAAUGAACUUAAAAUAAAUUAUUCCUCCAAGGAAAGCCACGAAUUAAUAGAAACAAAAAGUUUUGAGGAAGAUGAGGAAUUAGAAAAAGAAUCGUCGUCGGUAGCUGCGAGUAAUAGUAGUGUAGGGAGAUUGAGGAAAUUAUCUGACAGUGUGAUAAAUAAAUUUGGAAGUCUUUGGGGGAGAACAACUACUCAGAUAUAAUAUUUAUAUUUUUGUAUUUUAAAAAAAUUUCUUGGAAAAAUUAUUUUGUAUAUUUGCUUGGAUACACAUUUUGGGACCUUGGAUACCCACCUCGGAUGGGAUUUUUUCCACACCCGAACGAGGGAUUGCCGGAGAAACUCCUAACUUUUGGGCUAUUUUGC